AUGAUGCCCAAUCCUUUAUAGAAUAAAAAAUAUAAUUUUCAAGCUCAUUCUUAUUUUAUUAAUUUUUACAACAGAUUUCUUAAGUAGGAUGUGGUAUACAAUAAUAAUUAAAAAUUGAAUUCAAAUGAAUUGCAAAAGCAAAUUUAAAAUGUUGAAAAGAAAUUUAAGAAGAAGUAUAUAAACACAUAAAAUAAUAAUGAAUGAGAUUAAUUCGUAACUUAUAUUAGAAGAACCGAAUUUAGAUAAUAUGAUCAAAUAUAUAAUGAUUAAUAAUAUCUUUUGGGUUAUUUUACGAAAGAUAAAGGAAGAUAUGAGGAUUAUAAAAAUUCAGUCUUAGUUAAUUUUGCUGAUAAAAAUGUAGAUGGCUUAAGUUUUGAUCCUGUAAACUUAGCUUAAGAGGAAGUAAUUAUUUCAAAUUAUUGUUUUAAUAGGUUUUGAUUUUAACACAUCCUGAAGCACUUAUAAGCAUGUUAUUUAUGGAAACUAUGGAUGAAAAUGAAGCUAUUCUUAUUAAAAAUGUAUUUAGAUUUAAAGAUUAUGAUAGAUAUGGAUAGACAUUUAGAUAAAAAGAUGAAGAUUAUUUUAAAUAAAUUUAGCAAAAUACGAAAAUUAUAAAAAAUCAUUUUUGA